AUGGAUGAUUUCAUACAAUGGGUCGCAUCACGGAUUACGAAAGGUGAAACUUCAAUUACUCUUGCGCUACGUGACAAUGCCACCGCAAGACUACGCACAAAGCAAUUUGCGCCCUCUGUUGAACGUGCACAGUUCGAUGUAAAGUUUGCACGCUAG